AUUCAUCAACGCAGCGCGGCGCCUACCGCUCAAACUCCCUAUGCUUCCUCCCCCUCUCUAGCGGAGCUGCAGGAGCACCACCCCUCCAAGUCGGCGUCUAGAAUCCAGUGGACGUUCAAGUACGGGAAGCUAGUCUAAGAGGGGCAGGUCUCAGGUGGUUUGCGCGGGGGCGCCAUGGAAGUUGUGCUCGCUCCGGCCCAGCACGACGGCCUGCACGCGGCGUUUGGGCCCAAUCCCUUCGACAUCGGCGUUGGCGGAGAUGGGCGGUUCUCCUCGAGCCUCUCCUCGCUCGGCGGCGAUCGCUUCUGCGGCUACUCCACCACCGCCUCCCUCUUCGUCAAUAGCCCCGGGCUGUCCUCGCCGUCGCCGCGCGCCGACUCGCUGUCCCGCGGUUCCUCCGACUCUGGAUCCGUCGUCGACGACGGGGACGAUGCGGCGGCCACCGCCGCCAGCGUCGCGGAGCGUCGACUCCGCCUCGCGCGCCUCGCGCUCCAGUACCAGGAGGUGGUCAACCGCUUCGAGCUCUGCCUCUCGUACCUCGCCGACGCCAUCAACGAGGCGGCCGCGCUCCGCCAGGAGAACGAUGAGCUCCGCGUCGCCAACGAGUACCUCGCCCGCCGCAUCAACGUGGUCGGCGGCAGGCUCGCCGACGAGUUCAGCGGUCUCCGCCUCGCCGAGGAGCACACCACGCCACCUCCUCUGUCACCGCUGCCCGCCGCGCCGGUGAUGCCGAAGAGCAUCUCCGUUCGCUCGCCCGGCUAUCUCAAGAUGGUCCAGAACGGCAAGCAUCGGGCGUCCAAGCCAACGAAGGGCUCGCAGCGCGUGUUAGUGGGCAUGGAAGGCGGAGUGAAGGAGGAGGAGAAGCUCAACGGCGGGCUGCAGUUCGAGGUGUACAACCAGGGCAUGCUGAAGACAGAGCUCUGCAACAAGUGGGAGGAGACCGGCACGUGCCCGUACGGUAAUCAGUGCCAGUUCGCGCACGGCAUCGCCGAGCUCCGCCCUGUUAUCCGCCAUCCGCGCUACAAGACCGAGGUCUGCCGCAUGGUUCUCGCUGGCGUUGUCUGCCCCUAUGGCCACCGCUGCCACUUCCGCCACUCCAUCACCCCUGCCGAUCUCUUCCUCCCGCGCCCUUGAAGAUGUCAGUCCACCACCCACUGCCACUCUCUCGUCCGCUUCCACCCUCUCCAGCUCUACUUCAUUGUGCGGUUAUACCAUCGUCAGUCUUCAGAACCCAAAAAAUGUCUGAUUAGUUGUGAUUCAGAAAAUGAUAGCCGUAAAUAAGCUAUAGAUAGAUACACGAGAUAGAAAACAAAAAUUGUUCUACGUAAUUAGCACACAGGCAAGAUGUGAAUAUGUAGUUCUAGACACCCAAGGUAUUCAUAUGGGGUUGAUCAGGGCAAUCAAACUCAAAUAUGAGUUAUGUUGGGAUUAUUGUAUUCGUCGUAUCGUUUAUAUACACAGUUUAGGUUAUGAUGUUCUGCCUAGUUACAUUUUUGGGCAAAUUGGAUGACAAACUGGUGAGUUCAUGUAAGUAAACUAAGGCUGUUAUCUGAAUAUCUCUGAUGUGUUGAACACUUGGCAAAAACAAGCACCUUCUCCGUUGUAUUGUUUCGGAACAAUUGAAGCAAUGAAUUAUGGAGGUGUUUAGUUGA